AUGGAUCGCGGACGACCCAUUCUUUCGCCCAAGAUUGGCGCCGACAGCAGGUCCAACUCGGGUACCCGUCGAAUGUUGUCGAGCUCCCCUCUGGCCGAGCAAGCCCUGGCCGACGACAUCGCUGCCUGUUCGGAGGACGGCAACCUCGAGGCCAGCGAUGACGAGUUCCUCGACCAGGACCUUCCGCCCAUUGGGCACGGCAUGUACCGUCGUCCUAGUGGUGUCGCCUACGGUACUUCGCGGCCCGUCUUCAGCCAGCAGAUAGACGAGCCCAUCCUGACCCCCCUCGAGAGGAAGCAGUCUCGCGAUGCCGAGCGGAGCCUGCUCAGGGACAACCGUGUCCUGCCGCCCAAGCACCAGGAUCAGGAAAUGGGCCGGAGCCUGCGAAGCCGCAUCUAUCGCCGUCUCUUCAGCACCCGCUUGCCGCCCAGAGACGAUGACGAAGGGCCCAUUGUCUCGCGUCAGCCAACCGAAAGAUCGCCACUUCUCAACGGCGUCCAUCCCGACUCGGCGUCGGGCUCGGGAGAUGACCUCGAGGAGCAAUGGGAGGAGGCCGUGGCCUCGGGCCGUCUCCGCACCACCUGGCAGCGCGAGACCAAGACCGUCGUCGCCUACUCUGCGCCCCUCAUUGGCACCUUUUUCCUUCAGUACUCCAUCAACGUGGCCAGUAUCUUCGCCGUCGGCCGCAUUGGCAAGGUUGAGCUGGGCGCCGUAUCCUUGGCCAACAUGUCAGCCGCAGUCUCGUGCUUGGCGCCCUUUCAAGGGCUGGCCACGAGCCUCGACACCCUCUGUGCCCAGGCCUAUGGCUCCGGCCACAAGCACCUCGUCGGGCUCCAGUGUCAGCGCAUGGCGGCCUUCCUCCUUUGCAUAUCCGCUCCCGUUGUCGUCCUGUGGCUGUUUUCCGAGCGCAUCCUCGUAUACAUCGUCCCAGACCCGGAAAGCGCGCGUCUGGCCGGACUGUAUCUUCGCGUCAUGAUAUUCGCCAUCCCGGGCAUUAUCCUCUUCGAGACGGGCAAGCGCUUCCUCCAGGCCCAGGGCCUGUUCCGGGCCACCACGUACGUCCUCCUCGUCGCGGCGCCCGUCAACAUCUUCACCAACUGGCUCCUCGUGUGGAAGCUCGACUGGGGCUUCGUCGGCGCUCCCAUUGCCAUCGUCAUCACCGAGAACCUGCUGCCUGUGCUCCUCGUGCUGUACGUCCGGCUCUUUGGCGGCUCUCAGUGCUGGGGAGGGUUCAGCAAGCGUGCCUUUGCCAAUUGGUGGGUCAUGAUUCGGCUGGCACUGCCCGGCAUGAUCAUGGUCGAGGCCGAAUGGCUCGCCUUUGAGGUCAUGACUCUUCUCGCCAGCCGCUUCGGCACCGAGUAUCUCGCGGCUCAGAGCGUCUUGGCCACGCUUUCCACCAUCUCCUACCAGAUCCCUUUCCCCGUGUCCAUUGCCGCGUCGACGAGGAUAGCAAAUCUCAUUGGCGCCGGCAUGGUCGACGCUGCCAAGACGACAGCCAGAGUGACGGUCGCGGCAGUCUGCAUCCUCGGCCUGCUUAACCUGACCAUCUUCAGCACGCUGCGGUUCUACCUGCCCCUUCUUUUCACCAAUGACCAGGGCGUCAUCGAGCUGGUCGCGCAGGUGCUACCUCUGGUCGCCGUCAUGCAGGUCUUGGACGGGCUCAGCGCCGGGGCCCACGGGCUGCUGCGUGGUAUCGGCAAGCAGUCCAUCGGCGGGCCGGCCAACCUCAUUUCCUACUACGUCAUCUCGCUGCCCAUUUCACUCGCCCUGGCCUUUGCCGCCGAUUGGAAGCUCGAGGGCAUGUGGGCCGGUGUGACGGUUGGAUUGAUUGUCGUCUCGAUCAUCGAGUACACUUACCUACUCCGCACGGACUGGCACAAGGCGGCCGCGGAAGCAGCAGCCAGAAAUGCCGCGGGGUAG